CAGACAGACAGACAGACAGACAGAUAGACAGCUCGUACAAGAAUGGCACGUUACAUACAAAGAUCGACAUGGAUCCGUGGCGGUACUGGGUGGGUGGAUUGGGUGCGACUGGGGCUAGCGAGAUGCGAUAAGGUAUGCAACCAGCCACUGGGCGACGUCGGGGGGAAGCUGGCAGCCUGGCAGCCUGGCAAGCCUGGGCUGCGCUGGGCUGCAGCGGUGGAAGGAUCCAAGGAUGGCUGGCUGCUGGACGGACGGCUUGCUAUUCUCACCACUCACGGCGCUCACUACUACUACUACUCCCCCCUCAGAGUUCGUUCCGGGCAUCUCAUCCCCACCGCUGAUAUGCGGAGAACAAGCUAAAUAUUAAAUAGGGCCGUUUGGUGGGAUGGCCGUUAUCUGAGCCCCUGGACCAUCUCACGUGGGGAAGCUACGCUACGGAGUAGGUAGCUUAUAAUUAUAAUAUCGACAGCUUCCCUUGCGUCGCGAGUCUGGAAUAUCUGUUGUGUUGCCAAAGCAGAACCAGACCAGAGCAGAGCAGACCUGAGUGCUUCGCCUUCGCGAUCGGACCGGACAUCAUCUGAUUUAGGCGACAUCGUCAACAAAGAAAAGGGGCAUCAUCCGACCUAGCACUUAUUCUCCAGCUGUAUCCGUCGAACUAGUCAAGCGAGAUAAGGUAGAGAAUUUCCGAUACAAGGCCGGCUACCAUAAAUUUCAGCAGUUCACGUCCAGACUCUCUCCUUGAUCACUUCAACAGCCACUUGCAUCGCUACCCUCACAAUGAGCUCGAAGCAAGAAGAAGCUGGUGUCACCAUGGCACCAGCCACCACUCCUCCCCCUGGCAGCAGUGAGAAGGGUUUCGAGGAGACUCAUACAGCUGUCGAUCUCCCCACCGGCUGGAUGUACAGGCAACGCAACCUCGGCAAGUUUGCCAUUCCAUGGUUUGCUUCACCCAAGGUCCAAUUGGUUAUGGUUUCAUUCGUCUGCUUCUUGUGCCCUGGCAUGUUCAAUGCUCUAGGUGGACUGGGAGGUGGUGGAAAGACUGAUGCUACCCUUGCGGAUAACAUGAAUAUUGCUCUUUACAGUACAUUUGCUGUCUUUGGUUUCUUUGGUGGAACUAUUGUCAACAAGCUGGGUGUCAAGUUAACUCUUGCCUUUGGAGGUAUUGGAUACGCCAUCUACGCCAUCAGUUUGCUAGCUUCCACACACGCUAAUGUCGGCCCAUUCAACAUCAUUGCGGGUGCUCUUCUUGGUAUCUGCGCUGGUCUCUUAUGGACUGCUCAAGGAACUAUCAUGAUCUCAUAUCCCCAUGAGAAUGAGAAAGGAAGAUACUUCGGCUGGUUCUGGGCUAUCUUCAACAUGGGCGCUGUCAUUGGUAGCUUGAUCCCAUUGGGACAGCACAUUCACACCAAGGACAAUGUUUCUGUAGGUGACAGUACCUACAUUGCUUUCAUCAUCCUCAUGGCUUGCGGUGCAUUCCUUGCUCUCUUCCUCUGCAACGCUAAGGAUGUCGUUCGUGACGACGGCACCAAAGUUGUCCUGAUGAAGAACCCAACCUGGAAGACCGAGUUCAUUGGACUGUGGGAGACGAUCAAAUUCGAGCCUUUCGUGGUCCUCCUUUUCCCCAUGUUCUGGUCCUCCAAUUGGUUCGUCACCUACCAAGCAAGCGGAGUCAACAAUGCUCACUUCGCCACCCGAACCAAGGCCCUCAACAACUGCUUGUACUAUCUUGCGCAGAUCAUCGGUGCCUUGUUGUUGGGAUACCUUCUAGAUAUGUCUUCUAUUCGCCGUUCAGUCAGAGCUAAGGCCUGUUUGGCUAUGCUCGUGGUCAUGACUAUGGCUAUCUGGGGUGGUGGAUACGCGUGGCAGAAAGGUUACACUCGUGCGACUGUUGCCGAUCCCAGCUUCGUUCCAACCGAUUGGACCACCUCUGGUUAUGUUGGACCCAUGUUCUUGUACAUCUUCUAUGGAUUGUACGAUUCUUUGUGGCAGGCAUCUGUCUACUGGUAAGUUCUCACAUGCAGUCAUAGCCAGGCGCAAAUACUGACCCCAAAUAGGUACAUGGGAGCACUUUCCAACUCUGGUCGUCGAUCCGCCAACUACGUCGGUUUCUACAAGGGUAUCCAAUCAGCUGGUGCAGCCGUCAUGUGGUCCCUCGACAGCAACAAGAUGCCAUUCAUGGACGAACUGGCCACCAACUGGGGUCUCCUCAUGGGUUCCCUCGUCUGCGCCGCACCCAUCAUCUUCUUGAAGAUCAAGGAUACAGUCACCGUUGAAGAGGAUUUGGCUGGCACGGAUGAGACACUCGCGGAUGUUCUCCCCUCAGGACACCCAGAGAAGACUGUGGUAUAAAUGGGGCAUCGAGCCUGGGAAGGUUUUGUAUAAUAUCAAGUGGUAACAGGAGGAGUUUUGGGACUAAGUAGAUACGAGUCUUCUUUUUUUGUAUGUAAAUCAAGUAAGCUGCGACAAAAAGAGGAUUGCUAGCGAGUUCUAAUGGAUAUUUUGAACGAAAAUUGCC